AACUCACAGGACGACAAGUUGUAAUUUCCUGGAUCAUUUAUAAAUAGGUACGGCACGCCCAUGUAAGAUGUUUGAUUGAUAGAAAAAAACGACCAAUCCCUGACAACAUGACGUCACAAUCUUGACCAAUAGUUAUUCUAAAGGGGGCGGGACUAUAAUUGUUUAACGCACCGCAUUCUGUUAUGUGUGCGCGGCUACUUACAGCUAGAACUGAUGAAGGUUGACCGCUUUUUUUUUGUAAAUUCUUAUUGUGGAGUAAAAUAGAAGAACAUGCUAUCAUCACGUGGGGCAUGCUAAUUAAUGUUGAUGUCCUCCCUUUUCGAGUUGACAUCGAGAAGUCAAUGGUGCUGCUGCUGUGGCUUUUGUUGUAUCGUGACAUUUGAAAGACUCAAGGAUGGCAGGAAGUGCCAAGCCUACACAAGAUGAAGAGGUCCUGAGGCACUCAAAGACACGUUUCCAUAGCUACCUCCAUGGUGGGACUUCAAGCUUGUUCUCCACACUUAUUGUCUUCCCAGUCUACAAGACUGUUUUCCGCCAGCAAAUCCACAACAUUCAGGUUUACCGGGCAGUAGCGCAGCUCCACAAAGAAGGUCUUGUGAAGCUCUACAGGGGGGUGACCCCACCGUUACUGAUGAGGACACUCAGUGGUACACUGCUCUUUGGACUUCAAGAUACCUUCCUCCGCCUGCUCUCCCUGGCCUCCUUCAGUGUCAUCCCGUCCUCUGUGCUUCCUGCUGCGGCGGGGCUCGGUGUAGGAAUGAUCGAAGCGGUGCUAUUUACACCUUUUGAGCGUGUUCAGAAUGUGUUGCAGAGCGGACACAACGACCGCCGCUUACCAACACUAAAGAGUGUUCUUGUUAAGCUGAAAGCCCAAAAGCUGGCCUCUGGAUACUACCGCGCCUUCCUGCCCAUUGUGGCUCGUAAUGCCUUGGGCAGCUCCCUUUACUUUGGCUUGAAAGGACCCUUGAGUGCUGCUGUGGCCGGGCAGGGGCUCUCCCCAUUAGCGUCCUCCUUCAUUUCUGGGACUGUGGCUUCCAUGGCGAUCAGCCUGACCCUGUUCCCUCUGUCUGUGCUUGUGGCCAACAUGCAGGUGGAGGUGCAGACAGAGGUGAAAGGCGUGAUGGCCUGUUGGAGGAUGCUGUGGAACUCCCGGCAGAGGAGUGUCCUAUUACUGUACCGCGGGGGUGCCUUGGUUAUUCUGAGAUCAUGUAUCACCUGGGGAAUAACCACAGCCAUCUAUGACAGGCAGCAAAAACACUCAAGCUGAGCAGCUGUUUCUAGAAAUAAUCGAACAGAAAUUCAAUACAUCCCACUGUGCAUCUAUUGGAUUUUCUCAACUUUAAGCAAAAUAGAAUUGGUAAAUUGCUGCUUCAUCAACCCUUUGACAGAAAAAGUAGUACAUUUGACAAGCUCAAAGAAGUGUAUAGCUAAUGUAGACAAAGUCUCCACUCUAUAUCAAUGUAGUAUGACUCCUUUAGUUAAGGUAUUUCAACAAACACUAAUCACAAGCAGUUAGGGAUACUCAACUUUCAGAUGAAAUUUUAGUAUGAAGAUGAACUUUAGUUGGCCUUCUCUAAACUUUUGCAAACACAUGUCCAGCUGUCCAAUGUUUCAACAACUUGCCAUUCUCAAGGAUUUGAAUGUGUUUAAAAAAAAAAAAGGGAUGUCCGCUUCUAUGCCAUUCUGUGACUCUUCCAGUCCCUCUAUACUCUAUCUCUGUUAUAACCUGUUGAGCUGAUGACACUGACGCUCUAAGCUUAGUGGCCACUUCCGUUGAAAACAUCCUGUUUGAAACCUCGCAAUGGUAAAAUACUGUUGAUCAAAUGUUGGGUGUCGUCUUGGUCUUAUGAUGUCGAAAUGUGAACAGAAUGAAGAGGACUGUUUAAAUACCAAUUUUAAUUGAACAGGGAAAGUUGUUGGUCAAUUGCUGGAUUAAACACCUGUUGUGUGCCCUUCAGCUACUUGUUAGAGAACAGCAAGUUGUCUGAAAAGUACGGAAAAUGUCACAGUUGGAAGUGCAUUGAAAAGUUUAAAGGUCAAAUUAAGUUCAUCUGUAAAGGUUUUAGUGCAUUUUAGGUUCAUCCUGAAAUUUCACCCAAAAGCUGAAUAUCCCGAAGUUUUUGAGAGUAGUGUAUACAAUAAUGUAACCAUAAAUCAUGACUAUAAAAAGAAAUUGUUUAAAUAACAAAACAAGAAGCCAUCUUCAUUUAGAAAAAAAAAAGUCAUUCACUCCCUGUUUCGACUUCCAUGUUGCAGGUAAGAAUUAAUGCACUGAAAAAUAAAGGUGCUGGUGACUCUCAUGUGCCUUGCAUUUCUACUGUAUAAAAGUACUCAAGAAGCUGAAUAAUAUCCUUUGUGUAUUUUGGAGAGAAAUAUUUAAAAAGGGAUGGAUUUGUGUUCAAUAUGUAACGUUAAGGGUCUAGAGGUGGAAUGCGGAUGUUUUAAUGGAUUCAAAGAGUGGUAAGUGAAUCCACCAAGCACUAUUAUUCUUUGAAUGUAGAUAAAAUCACUCAACAAAUUCAAAACACGCAAAAAAAACCUCAAUAUAUACAAGUACAGUACAGUUUAGUCAAUUAGAAUAUCUUAUAAAUAGCUUAGCUCAAAAAGUUUAACUCUUAUAUUGGACAGCUUCAUUAAAUACACAGAAAAAUGCUUUUCAGAAGGCCAAUUUCUACCUAAUUUUUAUUAAAAUUCAGUUUGGUUGUUUCUUGUGUAAUAUUCUAAUAGGUUGAGAUUGUGAGUUGUGGGUUUUUGUUAGCUGUAAGCCAUAAUCAUCAAAUCAUAAAACUAUUACCAUCACAUAUUUUAUUUUGUGUCUAGUAAAGGUUAACUUACUUAACGGGUUUCACUUUUUGAAUUGAAAUUUGAAACAUUUUAAUUUAUCAAAGUGCACGUGGACUCUCACCGUUCACAACAUUAGGCACACCUGCACAAUUUCCUUCUAUACUGUAUAAUAUAAGACCUGUGUUGGAAAUAUGUGUCCUUUACAAAAACAAUAAUGUUCAGUUUUGAUUGAAACUGUCAGAGGUGGUAUUAAAGUAAGAAUACAAAAAUACAUGUUAAUGUGAUUGAUGACAGUUGUGUAGAACUGCAGUGCAUCAUACUAAAAGUUGUUACUGCAACAAUGUAUUGUUUAAAGAAUGUCUUUCUUGACAGUGUCAAUCAGAAUUGAGCAUUAAUAUGUUUGUGAAGCCACAAUUUUGCAUACGUUCUCAUAUUUAAUUGUAUUAGAUUGUGCAAUUGUAGCCUGUGAAGUGUAAAUAGAUAGCUGUAGAAAAAAGCAAUUAACGUUACACUAGUCAUGGUUUUGCCUUAUUUUUCUAUUAAAGCAAAUAUUUGUCAUGCA